CGAGCAGAUUGUUUACAGACCCAGAGAGCUCUCACGCAGGGAGCGCUCACAGGAGGUGCAAGGACAUGGGAGGUGAAAAAUAUGGGGCUUGCUUCUCAUCCCCCUGAGAGUGACCAGGGGGUGAGCUGCCCACGUGCUGACACCGUACAGGAAGCUUCUGACCUCACGAUUCAUGGGUCACCUUUUGAGCUGAACAGGCUGACGGGCGGCACUGAUGGAGCCCUGCUCAGAAGACCCGCAUCUCCGCAGGGCCUCCUGGCUCCUGGGGCUCACCAGCCUCCUCCUCAGUGUCUGCAGCACUGGGGCCAAGAGUCCUGGAGCCCACGUUCCUCUGCAGAAGAUCCGAGGAGCUUCUGUGUUGUUUCAUGUGACAAAGGAGCCAGGAGCUGAGCUGGAGGAGGUCUCGUGGGGCUUUGGCCCUGAGUCAAACUACAGAGUCCUGCUGAAAGUCCAUCCUGGGACAGAUGCUCCAACCUGGAUCAGCCUCCAGGACAAGUACCAGCAGAGGGUCCACGUGCCCAACAUGAUGUCCCUGAGGAUUGAGAACCUGACAUCUGAGGACAGUGGGCAGUACCGGGCUCGCAUCAGCUUUGUUGGAGGAAUAGAACGCACCCAGGUUUUCCCCCUCAUUAUCUACGAGCCCGUGCCCCCCCCACAGAUCUUGCCGGGGUCACCAUCCAUUGCUGCAGGCUGGUGCAAUGUCACCCUGGAGUGCAGGGCCUCAGAGGACACAGAGGACCUGAAUGUGACCUGGGAGAGCAGGGGCCUGGAACACAGAGUGACACCAGGACCGGCCCCCAACCCCUGGACCCUGGCUGUGAGCCUGCCCCUGAGCCAGCCUAGCCCCAGCCUCUCCUGUGUGGUCAGCAACCAGGUGGACCAGAAAACUGCCACGUUAGGCCUUGGGGAAGUCUGUGCCCAUGAUUCACAUGGACAGGCCAGUGCUAACCUCCUGCCAGGCAUCCUAGGGGCCACCGUGGCUGUGCUGCUGAUCCUCGGAGGUGGACUGUACCUUUGGAAGACACAAAAGAAGAAGGAGAAGAUGGAGACUAGAAAAGGUACAGAAUUGCAGGAGGACCACAGGGACCAUGAUGGUGGCAUCGAGUACGCAGAGCUGAGCCAGCCGGAAUCUCCAGAGGGCACAUACAAGGGUAUGAGUGAACAACAUCUCGGAGAAAACGAGGCCCUCAAUACUGUCUACAGUGAGGUCCACAAGCCAGCCUCUGCCGUGUGGCUGGUGUACGUCCUUCUGAGAAACCAAGUGCAGAGGUGUUGGCCAUGCCAUAGAGGAGGGGGUUAUGGCCUAGUGCUGGAUGCUGAGUUGGUGGUCCAUGGAGGCAGCGUGGGCAGUGAGACGUAUCCUUGAUAACUGGGCUGGAUAUCCCUGUUAGCCUGACGAAAACAUCCUCUUCUCAAAGAGAGGCCACAUGGGAAACCACUGGGCUGCUUGGGGAGCCCUGAGUCAGGACAGGUGAACAGAUGCUGCUGGUCUGGAUUCCAAUGGCCAUCUGGUCUAAGUCCUCCAUCUCCAUGGUGGGAUGUACCUGCCCAGGACAUGAGAUUCUCCUGCCAGCUUGACUGAGCACUUCAUUUGUCUCUGUCUCUCACCUCUCUUUAUGCCCCAUUUCUUGUUAACCAUCCUUCUGGUCAUGUGCAUUUGUGAGAUUAAGUCUUGCCCUGGUUUCAACUGGAAUCAUUGUAGCUGUACUAUAAUCCACAUAUGUGUGUUUUAUUUAAUCUCUAAAAGUUAAAAAAAAAAAUCCCCUCAAAUCCAUCCUUAUUUCUCUCAUUUCCAAAUUGUAGUAGAGAAUGUGGAGUGUGAAGACACCCCCUCAAUACACCACAUACCAACAGCUGAGUUACCAAGUUGCUUUUGUAAACAGACCCGAAGAGAAAAGCUGUGAACUGGUUAAUGAGAUCCUGUAGCUCUCAGGGCUGGAAUGUUUACCUAAUUUAUCACCUAACCUUUCAGCAAGAUCCUCUCAUAUUUAAAACAGCAAAACAACAAUAACAACAAGAAAAAACUUUAAGAGAAUGUAGUGUAUAGUUAAUGUCUAUUCAGUUUUAAAUCUUUUUAAAAUGGAAAAUUUCUUUAAAAAUGUAAAAUUGCUAAGAUCAAUUUACAUGUGCAUAUAAACCUCAAAAAGUGAACACAGAAAAUAUUGUAUAAAGGAGUAUUUUGUCCUUCGAGGGCAUGAGAGACAAAACCUAUUACUGGUGAAUUCUUCACAUAUUUAAAGAAUAGAUAAUUUUUGUGCUAACAAAUUUGUUUUAACACUUGCCAGAAGAUAGAAAACAUUUAUUUAUGAUUCAGAAAACUUGACAAAGCAUGAAAAAGGAAACAAAGUCCCAACCUAGCUGUCCGAGCUGCUUGGACACUUGUCACUUCCCUUCCUCUGCCGGAGAUUUUUCUUGUGAGUUGAAUUUCCAGCUUCCCAAGGAGCCUGAGGAGCAGAAGAGCUUUUGCCGGCAUCCUCCACAGUAAUGGGAGUAAGAAUAGAGAUCUAGUCUCUGUUAGGUCAGAAACAGAGCUGAGAGUGAGAACCUUCUGGGUGAUGGAUCCUGGGUUGGCCACGCUCCCUGCAGUGGGCUGACUCAGUACAAGGCCCUCUCCUCCAGCUGGUGGUUCUGGGGAAACUGGGACUUUGGGGCUCGAAAUAAUCCCAUGUGAUUUUGCCAAAAGGGAUUCCUAGAAUCUGAGAAUGUACGUGUUGGAAGAAAACUCACUGUGGGGUCUGACCCUAUCCUGAGCUUUAUAACUACCCACCAAGUAAUUGCACCUGUGGUUACACUCUACCAGUGACCAGUGACAUGGACCUCACUGUGCUCCAAAGCAUCUAUUUCAGUUUUGGAGGACUCUGACUAUAGGAAAUUCUCCUCUAAUGUCAGCUGUCAAAACCUGCCUUUCCUAUUUGCUCAUUACAGACAUGAUUCCUUGUCCACUCAAUGGCUCUUCAAGUGGGAUUUAGAGCAGAGCAGAGGUAGACUGCAGUGGUCGGUACAGCUGAUCUUUGCUUUUCCUAAAAGCCUCAAUUUCACACCAUCCUAUAAUUUCCUGGGCACAUGCCACCUUUACUGUCUCUGAUUCCCAUCUCACCUGGUAUUGUCCCAAAGGGCUAGGGAGAUUGGAAUCACAUUUUCCAGCACCAACCUACUGUACCCCUAAUCUCCUGGGAAAGGAAUGUCCAUAGAGGUGAACACACUGUCUUUGCUGGGCACUCUCUUGAUCCCAACAGAUUUCCCCAAAGUCUAGGGUGGCAGUUUUCUGGUCCACAUGGUUAUUUCCCACACAGGUGAGGCUGGAGUUGGGCUAGCUCAGGGGUAGGCUCAGAGCCUGGUCUCAAUGUCCCUCUGCUCCAGGUUCCUGGGGAGGCCCUUAUUCACCUAGGUCACAUUCAGGUCUUCUGUGGUCCCUGUGACCCUGGUGCUCCAGAGUGACAUUGUACCAGCCUGAUGUGGUAGAUGGUUAAUUGGCCAGGAUCUGGGGAAGGGUCAUGGGCUCUGGGGCAGGAGGGAACAAAAGUUAUAAUUGCAUUUGUAGAGCAUGGUACUCACCCAUUAUUGUGUAGAUUCAGAGCAGCCACCUGGCAAGGCAGGGCAUUUCACAGCCAAAGAAACUAAGACCUAGAGGGGUGAAACAGUUUGCCAAAAUUAUACAAUGAGAAAGUGAUACCGAAUCUCAGUUUUAGAGAAGGAAAGGCAGCCAGUCUGUUAAUGCUGUAAGCCUAGCUGUCACCACACACAGCUGAAAUCACAUCUGCUUCCCUCCACGCACAUUAUCAGAUCCUUCACAACCUCCAUAGCACUUGGGGGGAUUAAUCAAACUUCUUGGGCAAAUACCCUCCAUGUGCAGAAUUUUGAAAGAAGCUUCUGAAAACUGGCUUCAGACUCUUAAUCCUCUCUCGCCCACAUUUGGAGAUGGGAAGAGAAUUUCUUUGGAGAGAGCUGUGCUGCCAUGAAUCCCCUUCUAACCUAAUAGGUGCCUACCUUUCACCUCAACAUGGUGAGAGGGGCUUCAGUGAGACCAUGCAGAGAGCCGGAUGUAUGUCCCCCUGCAGCUUGGGGAUGCACUGGACAGGUGUCUGAUUUAAAUCUGAGAAACUGAAGGGGAGAAAUGCUGCUGAAAUGUCCUAUAGUAGAAAAGUAUUGGCUUCCAGUUGAGAAGAAAUUGCAAAAGCAUCCGUGAGUCCAAUGAACACGUUUUUCAUCAACUGCAAGUAGGACCUUAAAAGAACUUUGACAAGAGGUGCGUCUGGAGAGGCAAGAGAAUUCCAGCAGAGAGAGUCUAUGGGGAAAUGAACCAGCCAAGACGAGCAGCUGAAGAGAGAGACAAAGAUGGCCUUCCUGAGAGCGUGUCACCUCACUUGUCAGGACUGUGUGACAAGGUAGGUGAGACAUGUCCACUGUGUGAGAAGAGAGGUAUACAAGGAAACCACAAGCGCCCUGUGAGAGGAUCAGCCGAAACAGUCACGCCGGAGAACCCGCAUGCUCCAUCUCCACUACAGGAUGAGCCAAGGAAAGUCAUCCCUGUUGCCUCCAACCUCCAUCCUCCUUACUACUCCUCACUGCCUCCCUGUCCUUGUAGAGCGGGGAGAGAACUUGGUCUUCUUGCCGUUCUCUGUGAUCCCUGUGGGCCUUUGCCAGGGAGCUGUGCCCUGGUCUUUGGGUCUGACUCUCUGCCUCUGCUACCUCUGCUGCUGCUGGGGCUUUGAGGCAGUGUGGGUGACACGGUGAUGCGCUUGGUCCCUGCCACAGCCUCCUCCACAGUGAGGUCCCUGAACUCUGACCUUUCUUAUUCUGAACUCAGGUACUUUCUGGCCCAUGGCCCUUCUCAGCACCUUAUCUCACCUAUAGGAGCCCACAAGAACUUCUGGACCUUCCAAACAUGGAACACAAGCUAAGGGUGAUUUGUAGCCCUUCUAGGAGCCCUUUAAGGUCCAAACACACUGUGGCCCAAUUUACUAAACAUGGAUCCCUGGGAGGAGGCACGACCCUCCCAGAUAAGGGGGGAGUGGGACCCAGCGUCUUCUGCUUUUGCGUUCCUGCUCAUCCUAUCUGGACUUCCCGUCACCUGGCUGGCUCUUCACCAGCCACACAGCUCUGUUAUGUUGAGCCCCUUGGGAAUGGCAUGUCACAUUUCUUUUAAGUUUUAAUUACAAUCUCAUCCUCAAUGCAUUUAAAAAUAAUUCCUUAAUCCAGAAAGAUAUAUAAAACCACUCUCAUAUUCUGCCUGGCAUCUUUUUACUUUGUGACUUGCCAAAUGAACUCUAUUCUCUUAGUCUACAAUCUUUGGUUUUGGAGCAAACAAAUCUCUUUUGUUCUAUCAAUAAAAUAUGGCUCUUGCCUAUUUUGGAAGUCAAAGCAUAAAUACGGAUUUGCACAUUCUCAGGGGGGUCCUGGCCUCUGCCUGAAACAAUGGCUGUCUCAGCCCCAAGAGUUGGAGAGUGUGGGGAGCAAGGACUGCAGGAGUGGAAAAAUACUUUGGAACCCUCCAGACAAGAAGACACUGAGCUAAUUCAGGAGCUCCUCCUCAUACCCUGACCAUACAAUAAAACUUGAUGAAAUGUAACUAAAAGGUUUUGAUUAUGUUACUUAAGUUCAGAAAUAAAAAAGAACUCAGUGUUGAA